UUAGCGGCGGCGGCGCGCGGGGCGCAGAGCGGCGGUUGGCAUGAUGGCGGCGGCGGGCGCGGAGCGGCUCCGCGAUGGCAGCUGCCACUUCCAGCGCUCCCGGCUCAUCUGGAUGAUCGCCAUCACCUUCGGCAUGAUCGUCCUCGGCUGGGUAACGCUUUGGCCUUCAACUAUACCAUAUAGUUAUUUGGGAAUAUUUGGUACCUUCCUUAAUUAUUUAGUGGAAAACCACCACAAGUGGGUAUGCUAUGGGUUCUGGGUAUCCUGGUUGAUUCACAUAGUAGAAGCCUUCUACGGUGUUAAGUUAUGCCAAUCUAAAGGAAUCACCGACCCGGCAAUUCAGUUUCACUGGUUCAUUCAGACACUUUUAUUUGGAUAUGCUUCCUUUGGUCUUCUGGUGUCUUACAAACCUUCAGCCAAGAAGCACUACUAGAAGACAAUGAAAGAAGUCACUUCUCACAUUCUUCAUCCUCAUUUUUCAGAAGAUAGCCUCGCUUACCUGUCUAGGUGCUGCAAUUAACUAAAUUACAUUCAUGCUACAUAAUGCAGUGCCCUGCUACCCAAGUAAUUCUCUUGCUAAACAAGACAUUUAGAAUUCACAGGGCCCUGUAGAUAGUUCAGUAGAAAUUCAGCCCUCCAGUCUUGGCACAGCCAAAGUUUAAUCCUAUUUAUUAUGUGAGAAGCCAAAAGUUGCUCCUCUGCCGUUUUUGACAUAGACUACAUACUCCAGUUGUCAUUCAAAAGCCCCUGACAGCUGGUAGUGGUGGUUGGUAGAUUACCUUUCCAUGUGGAGGAGUUUCUUUCUACUACAGGGAGAGUUAUUUGCAGCCACGAGGUAACUUGCAUCUGGUUUGUGACAAGAUUUAAAUUUACCUGUAUUUUCUCUACAGGAUGUUUUACUGGCUGUUUUGUUGUUGUUGUGAGAGCCUGGUCUUUGUACUUUGUUUUGUCAACUUACUUUCUUGAAUAAAGGCCAGACCACUGUAUUUGCUGCAGGCACGUUAAAAAGACCAAGUCUCAGUUCAGGUUGAGGUGCAGUGACAAGUUUGGAUACAUAAAGCACUUUAACUUGGGUUAAUACAAGUGCCUUAAAUUUAAUGCAGCAUGACCUCAUCUUCUGAAUGCAUAUUUUCAUCUUUGUGUUAGCAUAGGAUAAAGUAGUAAUGUUUCAAGUUUGAGGGCAGCUUUUUCAAAAAAGUAAUUUAUUAACCAAGAAGAAAAUAAAUUAGCAUUGCAAAACCUAGCUGAAAACUUUGUGAAAGAAAUUAGUGAGUAAACAUGCAGCACUGUUUCCCAGAUGCUGAUGUCCUGAAAUUUGUGGUUGAGAGACCAUCGUGCACACCCCUCCGAGUACUUCCCAUAUGUGUAGUAUACCUUUUAUCAUACUGUCUUUUACUUUUGACUAUUUGAAUGAAAAUUUAGCCUGUCUUGAUUUAGCACUUUUAAAAGUAAUAACUAUUUAAAAUACUAACUAUGGUGUGGGGAGAAGUUUUACUGUGCCACCUGUGGUGCUACUGCUCUGGAAGAAAGGACAAGAAAAGGUUGCUCUUCCUCUAAUGAAGAGCUUCAGGAGGCAGUAACAAACUUAUGCCUUGUGCAGUACCUACAGACUGUAAUACUUCUGAUGGAGAAGUCUUACUCAAGCACAGGUACAUGAAGUUUUUUGCUUUUCAGUGAGUACUAAAAGCAUGGAGAGCUGAAGGGUUUGAAAGGGUGGUUUGGAUUUUCUUGUUUUUUGUGGUUGUUUUUUUUUUUUUAAAUGGCAAACUGAUAAUAUUUUGUAGAGAAGUAGAAACUCAUAUUUAGUGGCUAGAAAUAAAACAGGCAUGACAAAAGCCCAAACUGUUUUCCUGUGUAACCUUUUAUCUUAGCCUGUGACCCUGUAAUAAAGAUUUUAAAAAAAGUGAA